CCCUGCGGCCGCUCCCUUAACUCCAUCCUGGGCAAGAGCAACCUGAAGUUCGCCGGGAUGCCCAUCACUCUGACCAUCUCCACCAGCAGCCUCAACCUCAUGGCUUCUGACUGCAAGCAGAUCAUUGCCAACCACCACAUGCAGUCCAUCUCCUUUGCUUCUGGGGGAGACCCGGACACAGCCGAGUACGUUGCCUACGUUGCCAAAGACCCCGUCAAUCAUGCCGCCUGCCAUAUCCUGGAGUGCCCCGAGGGCUUGGCGCAGGAUGUGAUCAGCACCAUUGGGCAGGCCUUUGAGCUGCGCUUCAAGCAGUACCUGAAGAACCCCCCGAAACUGGUGACACCCCACGACAGGAUGGCUGGGUUUGAUGGAUCUUGGGAUGAAGAAGAGGAGGAACCGGCCCCUGAUCACCAGUACUACAACGACUUCCCUGGCAAGGAGCCUCCCAUCGGGGGGGUUGUGGACAUGCGGCUGCGGGAUGGGGCUGCUCAGACCCCCAAUCACUUGGGGGCCACGCUG